CAUGCACGCUCCUUGGUUAGUUGCGCCCUCUCGGGCUAGCUCUGUGUUGGCCGAGCCUUGCCGAGCCUAGGCUUCGCGGCUGGGUUCAAAAUGAAAAAUCACCCCCCCUACUCGUCUUGUCAGGUAUCCCCCCAUGCAAGCGACCUUGAGCGACCCAAAAAAGCCACAUCACCAUCUGUCAUAUUCUCCGCACACACCCCGCCGGGCGGGCGAAGUGCACAGCAUGGUACGCUUGGUGGAGGGCCAGAUCGUCGCGGAGGACGAAGAUGGCGCGGGUGGAUGGCUCCGGGGGCUGCUCCGGUGCAGGACGAUCAAUUUCCUGGGCUUCCGCGUUCCCCUGUAUUGGAGUUGCGUAAUCGUCGUCUUCGCAGGGCUGAAGUUUGGCAUCUUCGGACUUCUCUUCGUUGCGGCAGCUGCGGGCGCAAGCCAGUACGCCUGCAACGAUGGAGGUUCGGGCGGCGGCGGAAGCGGUGGCCGACGUCGACCGUUUGCACGAGGGUCCAACGUCAGAGGUAUAAGCGACCUUCCGAAGCCUCCCCCGUCCAGCUGACGAGGGCCGGGCGCGUGCUAGAACAAGCUCUCUUCGUGUAUUUAUCUACACGAGAGCUUCUAGCACGCGUCCUAGUCGAAGCGAAACUCCUGCAGUAAAACGAUGUUCGGAGUAUUGCGCCAUGUAGAGAGAUGCUCUGGUGACGUUUGGGGGUAAAUCCGGGCGUGGGUUAGGGAACGUGGAGGCGGGCGAGCAAACUCGACGUUGUACAUAGCUUGGGAUGCAAAGAGUGACUUCGUUGAUGCGUUGCGCUCUUGGGAGUUGUGGCUACACAACUCUCAUCCUUGGUGCCAGAGGGAGUCAUCAGCUUGGAUACGCGGGCACGGGAUACUGGAACCGCAUUGGUAGUGUAGCCCUGCUGGUUUGCAAUUGUCAGUUAUUGGUGUGGAGCCAUCGUUUCUUCGUCCACACCUACCCCCCCGUUGCCCGGCGCCGUCGUUUUGGCUCCACUACGGGCGGAGCAUCAUUGUUGUAAGUAGAAAUAUACCGCGAGCACGGCGGGAUUCGCGAAUGACGCUUGCCACUGAUAAAAGUUCCUUGGGAAACGGGUGGCAGGCUGACAUGCGAGUUCUCUAUGCUAAUGAGGCCUUUGUGGCGAAGAAAGCCUUGCACUGCGGUAACUUUAGGUUUUGUAUUAUGUAACCUCCGGUGCCGAUGAUACCUGUUGUGUGUUUCACUGUGUGAUUUCGUUGGGUCCGGUUGAUUUCUUACCUAUUUUUCCCUACGUCCUAUGCGAAUUUUGUCCAGCGCGCUUUGCGUUGUUUUUUGACGGUUGCUGGGGUUGUUCAUCGUUCGUUGAACAGUCGGCCCGCUUUGUGGUGGCAGCGCUGGAGGCAUUGUAGGGUGGCGUGAGGGCUACGCUUUCAGCGUGAGCUAUGUUGGCAGUGUGCGCUGAUGCGUGGGCAUAUAGGCUCUGCUCCUACCGCCGGUUGGGUCAUCGGCGGUGGCUCUGCUGAUGAUUUCGUCAGUUCAUGCUCCCGGAGUACUUGAAUAUUUUGGUAUGCGAGCACAUCCUAUUUACCGAGGCAAGCGCCUCAUGCCAUCCGACACCAUAGCCUGAGCGCUCUUGCGAAUGCCCACCACGACUGCUUGCCAAGAGUCUCGAUGGAAGAUAGACGUACCAACAUUUUACUGUUGGCGGUUGCUGGGACACGGAAAAUGAGCUGUCUGAGGUUGCAUGUGCCAUCGACCCAAUCCCUUGAACCAUAUCAAUGUGUUGUUGAGGGAGAUAACUCGAACAAUCGUGUUUGCCUUGUAGUCACCCUACGGGAGAAUUGAAUGCAGAGUAGGUGCUGGACUCCCACAUGAUGUACGGCACGCCGUUUUGUGUUCCGGCCCUCAGGGCAAGAAAUGCACCACAAAAGACCUUAAAACAUU